UCGUGAUUCUAAUAUGGUAUUUCUUGUACGGAUUUUGGCAGCACAUGGCCAUUGAACACUACUUUGAAGAUGCUAAUGACCCUUUAAGUGGAGAGGGUAAGAAGUGGGAGAAUUCACCGAGUUCAUUCAUGGGUUCCGAUGACGAUCCCUCUGCCGGUUUCGACUGCAACAUCUGCCUCGACUCGGUACAAGAUCCGGUGGUUACUCUAUGCGGUCACCUGUAUUGUUGGCCUUGCAUUUACAAAUGGCUUCGUUUUCAGACCAUCUCCACUGAAAACCUGGACCAGAAACAUCAGGAGUGUCCGGUUUGCAAAGCUGAAGUUUCACAUGCCACGCUGAUUCCGCUUUACGGAAGAGGCCUAACGACUAAGGCGUCAACCGACAAUAUUCCGAACAGACCUCUCGGUCCUAUUGGUGUCCUUGACAGGAUAAGUUCACUUAAUUCCACCGAUGGUCUACAAUUCCGGCAGCCAUUCAAUCACCAUGGUUAUUCAUAUCAACCACAAAUCUACUAUACUCAACAAGGAGGCUAUCCCGGUUCAUCGAUGCUUAGUCCCGGUGGCAUGGAGAUAAGCGUACCAGAUCCAGUGACCCGAAUGCUCGGUGAGACGGUAUACAGAAGAGUACACGGGAACUCGGUGACGGAUUUAUAUACAUAUCCGAAUUCAUACAAUCUCGGAGGGAGCACUAGUCGUAGGAUCAGAAGGCAAUUAAUGAAGGCCGAUAAGUCGCUGAGCAGAAUAAGUUUUUUCCUCUUCUGCUGCGUAUUGUUCUGUCUUCUUUUGUUCUGAUUUUUAGUUCUCUGCUUUUCGUCGGAAGAAUUAUACCUGUACAGGAGAACUAAAGCAUACAAAGUUCAGCCGGACGUAGUAAUAAUACAGCAUGAGAUGUUGUCAUCUCCUGUGCUGCUUAUAGCAUUUAUAUGUAAUUGCAAGUUAUGUUUCAAGCUUAAAAAUCAAUCAUGCACGAACCAAGUGGCCUCCGUAAUAAAUGAAUUGUUGUUAUU